UUAGGCUUGGCAAACAAGAAAACUGUCACCAUUCAACCUGUUGGAAAAGAUCAAGCUGUUUUGCUUGCAACCACCAAGACCAAGAAACAAAGCAAACCUGCUGAUUUGCUUCACAAGUCUGUCAUGAAAAAAGAGUUCCGUAGGAUGGCUCAUGCGGUUGCAAACCAGGUGGGUGACAACUACUACAGACCAGAUUUAAAGAGGGCAGCUCUUGCAAGAUUGAGUGUUGUUCACAGGAGCCUUAAGGUUGCCAAGUCCGGUGUCAAGAAGAGGAGCAGACAGGCUGUGAAGGUCUCUGCUAGGAAGUGAGCGGAGUAAUAAUAAUGGGAGCUGUAGUGUUGUUUUGUUUUAGACGCCAAAUUUUCGUCUUUAGAUUUGAACAUUGAUGAGAUGGUUUCUAAUUUUGCUUAUUGUCAACUUGGUUUUGUGCAAGUCUCAAUGAAUUAUGGAUUUGGAUAGCAGUAUUUAUAUUUGUUAA